AUGACUUUCGGAGAAUCGGAUCAAGCAGAAGCCGGCCCUGGAGGGGGCCCCAUCGAAGAUGAAGACGAAGUGGAGGAGGAGUGUUUGGAGAAUUGCGCUAAGUCCUGUCCUCCUCCUAUCAAGAAUCUGUGCGCCUCCAACAGAUUCGACAACCUGCACGUGGAAAUGCUGUACCAGCGCUACUUUCUGCGCAUGAACCAGACUAAUAUGACACACCUGCUGGGACUGCUGCUGGGGGUGUCCGUGGGCCCUCAUGUUCAUACAGCUCCGGACGAUGAUUUAUUCACCACAUUUUCUUCAACAACUUUUUUCUCGCCUGAUAAUGUUUCACUCACUGAUUAUGACCCACGCAUAAGUAACAGCACCAGCGAACCAAUUUAUGGACUACGUGAACAAGACGCAUUCGUCUCCAAUGACCUGGAUGACCUGAACACGUCUAUGUUACGUCGUGAUGAAUACCGAGAGAAGGGGCGGAUAGCACAGAUCAUCAACGGCGUUAUCCUCGGUAUUACUGCUCUGGUCUACGGCUAGCUUGCAUUGGCCAGCACCGCCGUAUUGCGAUCUGUGAGCUUAAGCGCAGGGGUGUGCGCGCUGUUCACUUCUUAUGCCACUUACGCAACCCUGCCACUGCGCUUACAUGAGGCUACCAUCGGUGGACUGGUGCUGGCCGCUGUCAACAUCGGAGCUCAUAUCAUCCUGGAAGAUACCACUGACAUGGAAAUCCUGUGCACCAUUGGAACAUGA